UAUUGCCUGCAAGUUCGGACGGCACAACGGUACAACAAACACCUUCAACCCACACUCUUCCGAGCCUCAAUCUGGACACCGUCUAACCUCAACCGCCAUGGAGACUCCUGGUGUUGGAGACCGACAGGGUCAGCAGCGCAAGCGGAAGUCGCGGUCGCCUGAACCGUCCCCGCCUGCGUCGAAGCGCCCAUCUGUUCAUCCGCAGCCCGAGCCAGCUUUGCCAGCCGGUCAAUCUGAUUCCAAGCCCGCCGGUGUGGAUACUACCUCGGAAUCUGGGACCUUCAAGCGCAAGGGGGUACGGAUACGAGGAUGGGCGAAAACAGAAGAGAACAAAGCCGAGAUCGAUGCUUUGGUGGCGAGGUAUCACGCCGAAGCGGAGCGCAGCGAGGCCGAAGAAGAGCGCCGCCGUAACCUAUCGCCAAUCGAGGCACUCAACGAAGCCGCCGAAAGGCUCGAGAGAACGGGCCAGAGCUUGUUCCGUGGGUUUGAACGCUCCAGGGGGACAAUUAUCCUCCAGGAGGCACCAGCGAGCCGUAACGGCAGAGCGCGAUGCCGAGCCGAACACGACUGCCUACAAAGGGUCAUGGUGGAGGCGAUGUUGCGCGAGAGGUUGCGCGAGAACAAAGGUUUUCAAUAUAACGAGGACCGAUAUAUGAAGCGUGGGUACAUUGACGACGACUACCGCAUCGUCGUCAACCGCGGCCCCUCCGACAAGAAAUACUAUCAUGUCCGCUGCUUCGAGACGAUGGUGGACCUGGCGCCGCUGAUUCCUGACAAAUUCUUCCUUGAUACCACCGCAUCCAACGUAGGCCCGCCUUUAUGGGGCCUCAUGUUCAGGAACUGGUUCCAAAACAAGGGGUGUGUCGAUCUAGAAAAGAUUGCAGCAUACAUCAAUGCCGCGAAGGCGUACCGGGACAUCGAAGGGGACUCGGAUUCGGACACGCAUCCUCCUAAUACCUCAAGGCCGGUUCUGAGGGACCAUGUGACAGCGGCCGGUGGAGGUUGCAGUUUGUCUGAUGUCGUCCGGCAUCGCUCUUGUGAUCUGAUGCCGAACGGUUGCAUUGCGAUGCACCGACCAUCUGGGCUCCAUUGGACGAUAGUAUUUCCGGAAAACGAGGGUCGCGUGGUGGAGCUAGACGUGCCUAGGAAUGAGGAGGAAAAGAGGGCUGCCCUUAUUCGAAUCCUCUUCGACAAUUCCGACCGCGCAGAGGGCGGUAGUAGGGCCGUGGGCGGGGAGGAGGGACCGAAUGGUGCGGGUGUGGGAGGAGAGGGAGAAGAGGCGCAGGAAUAACAACGCGCUCAGGGACAACCAAGACAUCGACUAAGCACGGAGAUGGGGGCAAGGGCCUUUUGGCAUUAUAGUCUCGGGAGCGUCUUAUGCUGGCAAUCUCCAUGUCGGACUUUCUAGCGAACUCCUGCUUGUUGUCUACUUUGACCACUCUCUCUAACAG